AUGGUCAAGACCAGAGGAUUUCUGAGGAAGAUCUGCACCGAUACACCAGACACCGGUGGCUGUAACAAAGUCACAAAAUGUGCAGAAGGCCUACACAACAAGGCAUUUAUCCUGACAAUGGACAACGGUUGCGAAGUUUUGGCAAAGCUCCCAAAUCCUAACGCCGGGGCUGCUCGGUUCACAAUUGCUUCCGAGAUCGCUACACGCAAGUUACUUUCCGACGUCUUGAAGCUCCCUGUUCCUCGAGUCCUAGCAUCGUCCUUUGACGCAAAUAAUCAUGUCGGGGCCGAGUAUAUUAUUGAAGAAAAAGCGCCCGGUGUUCGUCUAGGCUCUGUUUGGAAUCAAUGGUCUCGAGAUCCAAAGCUCCAAUUGAUCAUCCAGAUGAUUGACAUUCAGAACAUUCUGACUGGUGUGACUUUUGAUAUGCACGGCUGUAUUUACUUCAAGGAUGAUCUUCGCUCCCUAGGCGAGGAACCUAAAGAAGCCAACAUUCAGUCUGCUACGACCAGCACCCUUGAUAUUUUUGCCAUGGGACCUCUCACUACUGGCGAAUUGUGGAACGGGGUACGGAGUGGCAUGAAUUUGGAUCGUGGUCCAUCAUCCCAGUGA